UCUUGAAUAUUGCCAGAUUUACCACCUCAAAAUUUGAUGUAGUGCACGUUGUAGCACGUUGUUUUUUGUGAAUUAUUUUUCAUGUAAACUCUUGUUUUAUAUAUUUAAUUUCUGAUAUAUUAUUGCCUGUCAAUUAUAAAAAAAAGUUGAAAUUUCAAAAUGCAGUUAUUUUUACGCUGUCAAGAUGUGCAUCCUAUUGAAGUAGAGAAUGAAAAAGUUUCCUACUUGAAGAGACUGAUUGAAGCAGCUGAAGGUAUUCACCCAGAUGAACAGACCCUCCAUUUUGGUGGUGCCCCAUUAGAUGAUGAGCAAAAUAUCUUUGAUUGUCUGCAAAAUGGUUGCACUGUUGAUGUCUCUGUCAAACUUAGAGGAGGCAAAGUCCAUGGAUCAUUGGCUCGAGCUGGUAAAGUAAAGGGCCAGACACCAAAAGUAGAGAAGCAAGAAAAGAAAAAGAAGAAAACUGGCAGAGCAAAGAGGCGUAUGCAGUACAAUCGCCGAUUUGUGAAUGUCGUUGUAACAUUCGGUCGUAAGAAGGGACCCAAUUCUAAUUCAUAAAUUAGCUUGUUUUUUGAAAUUUUUUGGAUGGCUUUUGUAAAUUUUUGAAUAAACUAUCUGGUCAUCUUAA